GGUGGAACCUGCCGGCCUAUCUCUCAGUGCUGAUAGCGUUUGGAAACAUCGGUCCAAUAGCAGUGACCGUCACGCACCACUGUGCUCCGGGGCGUUUAAACGAGCGCCUCGUUAUCCACAGCAUCCAGCUGCUGGCGGUGGUAGCGUCCGGUCUUCUCGCCGUCUUCUGGUCAAACACCGUCAUAAUAGCUGGAGAACAAAGGUCCCUGCCGUUCCUGCUUUUCACAUUUGUAUUGUCUUUUGUUUGUUGUACGUCAAACGUCACCUUCCUGCCUUUUAUGUUCAGUUACCCCCCGCAGUACAUUCGCACGUUCUUCAUCGGUCAGGGCUUCAGCGCCUUGUUUCCUUGUAUCGUGUCUUUAGGUCAAGGCGUCAGCAAGCUGGAGUGUAAAACUGUAAACGGCACAGUGCAGCCGGAGUACUUAAAAGAGAACUUUCCUGCACAGAACUUUUUCUGGUUCUUGUGCGUCAUGCUCACAAUCUCAGCUCUGAGUUUUCUGGCUUUAAUGCGAAGACAGAAAGGGUCGCAGGAAGACGAUGCGCCACAGGAGGCUGACAGCGCAGCAGCGGCCAAAAACGAAGAGGAAACACACCCGCUGCAGAACGGAGGGACACCUGUGUCUGAGGACCAGGUGCAGGUGGAGGAGCUGCCACAGACAUUUUGGACAAAGAGGAACAUUUACCUGCUGGCGCUGCUCGCCGUCUCCAAUGCCCUCACCAACGGGGUCCUGCCGUCUGUGCAGAGUUUCUCCUGUUUGCCCUACGGCACCAUGACCUUUCACCUCUCUGUGGUCCUUGGCAACAUAGCAAACCCCCUGGCCUGCUUUCUAGCCAUGUUUGUUGUCCUGAGGGCCUCGUCUGGUCUGGGCUUCUUGUCUUUAGCAGGGGGAGUGUUUGCUGCAUAUCUCAUGGCGUUAGCGGCACUCAGCCCCUGUCCUCCACUACUGGGAAACCCCACUGGCACUGCUUUAGUG